AUGGAAUCGAGGGUGGAAUCGCUGCCCCACGAUGUGGUGGAGGUCAUCAUGGAGAGACUUCCGGCGAAAUCUCUGAUGAGGUUCAAGGCUGUAUCGAAACAAUGGAGAACAACGAUCGAAUCACCAUCCUUCCCAGAGAGACAGUUGAAGCAUGGUCAGCAGCAAUCAGGAGAUGAUACAAAUAUUCUCAUGGUGUCAGAAGAUGCUGAAACGGGCAUACAAAGUCUAAGAACACUCGUGUUGGUUGAAGCCGGUUUUGUGGUCAACCCAACCACCAGAUGGUCUCGGCCUGUUCCUCUCUGCAAAGUUCAGCAACUGGCGAUCGACUUAGGAGAGAGUUACUCGGAGCUUGGACACUCCCCCAUCAAGUUUGGAUUCGGUAAAGACAGAUUCACGGGCGCUUACAAACUCGUUUGCCUGUACAACUCUUCAGAGAUAAGCCUUGAAAACGCUACUACGUGCGAAGUUUUCGACUUUAGUACCAACGCUUGGAGGUACGUCACUCCUGCUUCUCCUUACAGGAUUGUUGGUUGCCCCGACCCCGCGUUUGUAGAUGGGUCUCUUUACUGGUUCACCGAUUGCGCAGAAACCAAAGUUGUGUCUUUCGAUCUUCACACUGAAGCUUUUCAAGUCGUCGCUCAAGCUCCCUUUUACGAUGAUCCUGAUCCUGACGAGUUCGUCAUGUGCAACCUGGACAAUCGCUUGUGCAUGUCCCGAAUUUUUUGGGACAUACAAGUUGUAUGGUCGUUUAAUUCAGGCAACAAGACAUGGGACAAAAUGUGCGCCAUAGAUCUCGUGUCUACUUAUGCUUGUUUUAAGAUCCCAUCAUCAGCGGCUGCGCUCUCGCCACUAACACUUUUGGAGGUGAAGGAGAAGGAGAAGAAGAAGAAGUUGCUGUUUUUUGAUCGGGCGGAAACUCAAACACUGUUCGCACACGACCCUGAAACCGGAUCAGAAGAUAUUGUUUUCUCGACGGCUGAAUCCUCUCUCGGAUAUCCUGUUUAUUAUUUCCAGAGUUUAAUCUCUAUUUAA